UUGUGGAGGGCAAUAGUGGCGCGUGCUAUAUGACCGUAAUCACUUUUUUUCGGAAGAUUUUUCUCAAACGCCGUUCUUAUUUCCAUUUUCUCCAUUUUUUCUUCUUCUUUUCUCCAUCUCUUUCGAUUCAGAACACAAACCCAAACCCUAGCGAUUCCAAGCUAUCUUCGACGAUGGCGCGCCACGCGACUCAUUGAGUUGAAUCGGAUAAAGAUCUGAUCGGUUUGACGCGCUCAUGGGUGCUGCGGGCUCCAAGCUCGAGAAGGCUCUCGGCGACCAAUUCCCCGAAGGAGAGCGUUACUUUGGCCUUGAGAAUUUCGGCAAUACUUGUUACUGCAACAGCGUUUUGCAGGCCCUAUACUUCUGCGUUCCAUUUCGAGAACAAUUGCUAGAGUAUUAUGCAAAUAACAAGAGCAUGGCGGAUGCAGAGGAAAAUCUUUUGACUUGCUUAGCUGACUUAUUUUCACAGAUAAGUUCCCAGAAGAAGAAAACGGGUGUCAUUGCUCCCAAACGAUUUGUGCAGAGGUUGAAAAAACAGAAUGAACUCUUCCGUAGUUAUAUGCACCAGGAUGCCCACGAAUUCUUGAACUUUUUGUUAAAUGAACUUGUUGACAUUCUGGAGAAAGAGGCCCAGACUGCAAAAAAUGAUCAAGAGACCUCGCCACCUUCUGAAAAGGCUGCAAAUGGACCUAAGAAUGGUCUAGCUAAUGGUGCUAAAAAAGAGCCUUUAGUUACUUGGGUGCACAAAAAUUUUCAGGGAAUACUCACCAAUGAAACUAGGUGCCUGCGAUGUGAAACUGUAACAGCUAGGGAUGAAACAUUUUUUGAUUUGAGCCUUGAUAUUGAACAAAAUAGUUCAAUUACAAGUUGUUUGAAAAACUUCAGUUCGACUGAGACAUUGAAUGCUGAAGACAAAUUUUUUUGUGACAAGUGCUGCAGUUUGCAAGAAGCUCAGAAGAGAAUGAAGAUAAAGAAACCACCUCACAUCUUGGUCAUUCACCUUAAGCGGUUUAAAUACAUCGAACAGCUGGGUCGAUACAAGAAGUUGUCUUACCGAGUUGUUUUCCCUCUUGAGCUGAAAUUGAGUGAUACUGCUGAAGAUGCAGAUAUUGAGUAUUCUCUAUUUGCAGUAGUUGUCCAUGUUGGGAGUGGGCCAAACCACGGGCACUAUGUAAGCCUUGUGAAAAGCCAUAACCACUGGUUAUUUUUUGACGACGAAAAUGUUGAGAUGAUUGAUGAGUCUGCUGUUCAGACAUUCUUUGGGUCAUCGCAAGAGUAUUCCAGCAAUACAGAUCAUGGUUACAUUUUGUUCUAUGAGAGCAUUGGCUCUGGUAACAAAAACUAGACGUUGGAGCCUUGCGAGUUUUAGGUACUUGGAUCAUUUGGACUUGUCUAUUUCAUCUGUUUAAUUAUUAAUUAUUUUUUCCCGUUUUAUUCAACCUGCUUGAGUAGUUGUUAUACAUCAAAUGAGAGGAUACGGGUUGUGAGAAUGUAUACUUAGUGGUCGACAUGUACAGUGGAUAGUGGAAGAAGCACUGUCCUUUUUCCCUUUUUAAAAAAAAAAUAAUAAGAGCAGUGUAUAUGGUUUGAGAACAUCGCCGACAGUGUAUUCAUUAUGUUAAGUGUUUAAUCAAUAGAAACACAGUGCAAUGGCAGUCACUGAUCAGUAUUGUUUUU